AAUUACCUUUAUGAUCUAAAAGUAGCUAGGGGAACCAAAGAAAACUCAAAAGAAGCGGAGUCCUCUCUCACUGUGCUUUCGGAAAUUGCACUCCUGUGUGGGAAGAGAGUUAAAGGAAUAACAGCAACAUUUUGCUACUUGCCAGCACUCCAAGGGAAACAAUGCUGUCUGUCAAAACCUCGAUCUCUUUCAGCCAACAGCUUGGGAAGUACAGUUAAAACAGAGACAGCACCAAAUGAUGGCAUGCAGAUGACAUUGGCAAUGUGUGUGGCAAAGGAAAGCUGCAUAGUUCUGAUUUAAAUUGUUCUGUUGUCAGCACUCCUUGCCCACCUUUCAUCACCGUUUGUGCAGUGAGAUCAGAGAGGGUCAACACAGACUUCUUGGUUUAUGUGGGAUCAUCUCUCCGUUCAUGAAGUGCGAUGAUGACAUGUGAAAAUAUCUGCAACAAAAUAUGAUUAGUCAUGGCCAUAAAAUUAAAGACCUCUUAAUAUUAUGUCAGUUUCUUACUUGGAGGAACAGACUGAUUAGUGAAAGAGAAUAUGUCUUCUGUUGAGAGUGAAAUAUCAAGAUGGAACCUCAGGCAUGUCAAAAGAAUAGCUGACCUCUUGGAGCCAGUGGCCUCACCUAGCGAUGCUAACAGGUUUUCACCAGAUAAAUCCAUCAGUGGCAUAGACCGGUGCUUACACAUUCCUGGAAAAGCAGACUCUGCUUAUAGUUCUUUCUCGGGUGGCUCAAAUAUCCCAGAGUGUCCUGUCCUAUUUUGCUAUAAUGAGCAUGAUUCUCUGCCUCUAGAGCAGCUAUCAUAUAUGGACUCAGGAUAUGUUAGAGGCAUUUAUAAUCCCAGUGCAAUAAAUCCAGCAUUUAGACAGAUGUAUGAAGACAGGGCAGCGGGCAGCCACUAUAUAUUGGAAAAUUCUGGCCUUGGCAAGCCAUAUGGAAGCACUUCUGCCCAUGGGAUGCCAUACCAACCAUCACCACCAUUGGCUAGAUUUCCAUCUCCUCACCCACCAUCCCCACCAACUCGAGUUGAUAGCUAUAAAACAGACAGAAAUGUAGAUCCUGGAAUUUGCUUUGACCCCAGUAUGCAAGCAGAUGUGUGCAUUCAAGAUACCGACGCUCCAGCAAACUAUCACAAUGAUUACUGGCUCUCUAGAUGGGAGGAUGAAAGCCCAGUCACAGAAGAGGGUGACAGUUUGUAUCCUGUCAGUCAACAUAUCUCUAGGAAUACCAGCUCCACCAUAUCCACCACACCUUUCAUUUUUCAAGAAAAUUUAAAAUCUGGUUCUCUGGUCAAGACCCAGAAUAUUUCGUGUGCUCAAAAUUCAGUCUGCUCUUAUGCAUUUCCUGAGCCAAUGGAGUCUAAGUCCUCUCCGUCACUACAUACCAGCCACAACGCUGUUAAUGAUACACAAGAGAACAAACAGUAUUUUUAUGCCUGCAGUGUACACAAACCAGCCUUCGCAGCAGAUCUGCCAAGCUGCGUGGCAGUAUCCAGCACAAAGAAGGGGCAGCUUCAUGGUGUUCUGCAUCCAUUCAGAGUUGCCGAUCGCUCAGGAUUGGGCCAGGAUGAAUACAAAAGCCGUUCAAACUUAAAAUACACUGACAGCUCUCUUUCCAACAAGGCUGUGUUAGGAAUGAUUGAAAGCCAUGAAGGCAACAAGAAACAUUUCUUCAGCUCUGAAGAAGGAAGCAGAGAUGUCUGGCAACCGCUUCUAAAUCAGCAAUCCAGAAUGCAGAAGCCACUGCCUCAUGGUUUGGACCUCACAGAAACACCUCACUGGGAAGUCCAGGAGACAGCCAGUGCAUUACCGUAUUAUAGUCACGAUGCUGAGACCUCUGCUUCCCAACCACUGAAUGGGUUUAGAAAAGCAAAGAAAAAUGACAUGGAUAGCAGCCCUGAACUUCUGGUGAACCCCAGGCAAGAGGAAAUGCUCAAGCCUGUUUGUUUUCCAAAGCAUCAUUUUUCUAAGAAAACUGAAAGCCAGCCCCCGGAUAACUUUGCCAGUAUAAAGAUAAACAGAAAGACAACUCCUCUGCUUUACUAUCUUUCUGGUGGGAAAAAUCCCAGUUUUAUGAGUCAUGAAAAUUGGACUCAAGAAGGAGGAGGAGAUGAUGUUGCUUUAAGAUCUCCAAGGAACAAUCUCCCAAUCUCUGCAGAGCCGAUAGAGAUACCAAGGGACACCAACCCAUGUGUGGAUAAUCCUGGCAGCAACCAUGAAGGUCAAAUUCUAGAGAGUCCUGCAUCAUCAGUGGAUGAGAAGUUCAAGAACGACUAUCGGGAAAAACUAAAAGUUGCUCAAAGAAAGGUCCUGAGAGAAACCUCUUUCAAGAGAAAGGAUUUACAAAUGAGCUUGCCCGUUCGGCUGAAGCAGACACCGUCUUCAAGGCCAUCCAUUCAGCAUCUCAGGUCUUUGUCAUUAUCUAGUACAAAUGAGGACUCCAAGUUGAUUCCUGCCUCCAGGCCACUGGAAAGCAUCAGCAAUGAGGAAGAAUCAAAGAGGCCACAAGCUGCCCGAAUUGGGGGAAGGAAAAGGGCUACCAAAGAACAGAAGAAAAUCUCUUAUUCUGAACCCGAGAAACUCAACCAGCUGGAUGACCAGAGAGAUCAAAGCAUUUCGUGGAGAAAGCAAAAUGCAAGGUCCCGGUCCGAUGAGAUCAAUGAACAAGACACUAAGAUCAUUAGAGGUAAAGCUCUGGAAAACCAGGGAAGGUCUCUUUCUAAGGCAGAACUGAAACAAAUCCAGCACAACGCACUUCUAGACUACAUGGAACGAAAGAUUGGGCAACGGCCUGCCACUGGGCAGAGCAGCGCACAGCAAAAGCCCCCUUUGCAACCGAGGACUUCAAAUUCAAAGAAGUUUGUGGAAGACAGCACUUCCCAUCCCAGUGCCAGCAGAAAGCUGGGGAAUAUGGAUGGUUUCUGCCAGUUUCCUGUUCCAGGGAAGACUCAGGAGCCACCCUCUUUCCCUCCUAGUUUAACAUCUACAACUGCUGCCACCAUGACCGACAGACACAGCACCAGUUCUCCAGUGUUUGAAAUGGCUAAUGAAGGAAGUUGUGCCAGCAAGUGUGACUCAGCUAAAAGUCUUCUUCACUCAGGUUCUGUCUGCAGCAGAAGCCGAGGGAGAUCAAAAUCAACUCCUCCUCCUGUGCAGGUAUUCUAUAGCUCCACAGCCUGCCCUGCAUUGUCGGCUCAAGACCAUGAAUACUAUCCCACGCACCCCAACUCCCCAUCAAAGGAGAAAUUGGAAGCUGAUCCAUCUGACAAAACACAUGCUCUGGUGGCUGCAAAGCAAGGUGCUGGAAGAAGAGGGGAAUCUAUGGGGGAACCUGGGACCUCUGAAAUGGCUAGACUGUCCCCAUUGAGCCAAAGUACGGAUCAGCUUCCCCAUCUGAAGAGUUGGCAUAUUUCCUCUGGGCUACAGAUGGGCAAAGACUGGCAAGGAGAAAAGCAUCCAAAUACUUUACAGCAUUGUGAGCCUGCAUCAUCUGGGCUCAGACAGCCACACAUGGAAGCUGUUGGAGGACAACGGGGGUCAAAUUCAACAGUCCAUGAACUGAAACAACCCCCUACCACAAAUAAAGUCUUGCACGCUUUCCCAAGUGUAAGCAGUGUACCCCUGCUUUCAGUUGGCAGGUUGCCUUCUCCAAACCUACCUUUGGAGCCUCUUCAUUCUUCAUCAGCCCCUCCUGCUCCUGCUGAGAUGGACAAUGAGGUUUUUAAGGAGUCUUUUGGCAGUGGCUCAGAUGCAGCCUCUGACCUCCCUUCCCUCCAUAGAGAAAGUAGGAGUUUUAUUCCGAGCAGAAGAGCACCCCAGCCUGCCCCGAUGCCUCCGGCUUCCACAGAAGGAAAGCAAGUCAAGGAAGAGCCUAGUACCAGCUUCCCUGUCCAUGAGAAAGAAGAAUCUAGUCUUGGAAAUAGCAGAGAAGAUGAGAAUUCUCCUGAAAAUUCACAUCGUGCAGACAUGGCUCUUGACUUCCCAGCUUUCAAAGAACAGAACAGCAGACAUUCUCAGCUGAAGAAAGAACUAAGUGACAAAUCCCAACUUUCCAGUGCUUCUGGAAGAACCCGGUGGCAGCAAUUAGAGGCAAAUAACGCAACCCAUGACUCAGAGAGCAGGGCAUAUUAUUGCACUGCCUUGUUAGACAGCCAAGGACAGAGAAAUACUAGCCAUCCAUUAGCAGAUUCAAGAGCUCUGCAAGAUGAGCAUGACUGUAACUUUCCAGCACAAGGCACAGAUUUAUCUUUAGCACAGUCAAUAUCGACAGAGGACCAAAGGUGCGAAGACCUUGCGGUUGAGAUUAUUGCCAAAGACAAGUCUCUGGUUGACAUCCUUGCGCCCCAUCCCACCAGGAAGACUGCUCUAGAUCUCAUGGAAGGCCUUUUCCCUGUCAACAUUUCAAUGCCAGGCAGAUCCUGCAGAAGGAAGGAGGGAAUUCAGUCUGUCCAAGAAAAAGACCAAAGAAGCAGUGACUGUGCAGCAGACCCAUCUCAUGGGACUCAGAGUUUUCUUGAGCAAAGUACGGACAAAAUUCUGAGUAAAAGCAGAGAAAGUCUUGAUGAUCCAGACAGCAUUACAUCAAAGAAAAGAGAACUUAUUUCCAGCAUCCAUCUGAAGCUACAGGAUCUGUGGCUUGAGAGGGAGCUUAUUGAGUCUGAAGCUAAGGGGUAUGCUGUGCGUGGCAAGGAGCUGGAGUCCCUGGUCCAAGACCUGUGUAAACCCAAUGAGUACGAGCGCUACAUGAUGUUCAUUGGUGAUCUGGAGAAGGUGGUGAGCCUGCUGCUGUGCCUCUCCAGCCGCCUUGCUCGGGUCCAAAACGCUAUGGAGAAAAUGGAUGAAAACACAGAUGCUGAGGAGAAGGAGUCAUUAAAAGAGCGGCACAGACUCUUGUCCAGGCAGCGGGAGGAUGCGAAGGACCUGAAAGAGAAUCUGGAUCGGAGAGAAAGGGUGGUGUCGGGUAUUCUUUCCAAAUACAUGACUGAAACGCAGCUUCAGGACUACAAGCACUUUGUACAGGAAAAGACAUCACUAUUGAUUGAACAGAAGGACCUUGAGGAGCAGAUUAAGUUUCUUGAAGAGAAACUGGAGAGGUUGGAGAAGAGUAUUCCUACUUAAAGCCAUAUUAGCAGGCCACUUGGUUUCAUGAAUGAAACGACUGUGCUAGAACUCCAUCUGUAUCCAUGGAAACAUUUAAGAAAGGAGCAAGGCUGUGUUUGGUGACUUCACAUAGGCAUCUCCGUGCCUCAGUGCUGACAAGGGCUUAAUUGGCCCAGGCAAACAUUUUUAGGAGAAAGUGACAAAACCUUAACUGUAGGUGGCAAUGCAUUUUAUCUUGGAAUGACUGAUGCAAUGGGUAUUGCCUUUCAUUAAUGAGCUGGUGCGCUGUUUUUCUUUCCUGAAGACUGCUGGUCUGCUUCCAGACUGACAUCAUCCCAAUAAAGAAUAUAUAAGUA